AUGUAUUUCAUGGAAGUGGCUGGUACUAUCACAACAAUGUAUCUUUGUUGUCAGUUGCGAGAUUCGCACUUUAUUUUGGGUGUCAACUUCACAAUGAGUGAGGCGAAGGAAGAGAAAAAGGACGAUGACGAAGAUCCGCGAUUGGACUUCAUCUUUGCGUAUCUCGCAAGAUCGCUGAGAAUAAAAUCCGAAAAAUGGACGAAAAUGUUGAGCAACGAAGACACGAAUAAAAUUGUGAUGGAUUUCUUGGAUAAGACAACAGAAUACUUGUUAAUUGUCACAGUCAAUACUGCUGGACAGCUUAUACCUAUCAACAGUUUCCCAGUUAACAGUAAAACAAAAUGUUGUUAUUUUAUCAAAUGUUACAAAGAGCCAGUAACAUCUCAGAACUAUCAGAAAGUAUUGCUUUGUGGAGAUAUGUCAUCAAAACCUAUUGAUGAGUUAUCUGUUUUAGUUGCAGAGGUUUUUGUACCUCUUCUAUCAAACCCUGGGAAUCACAGAGGAUGGCCAAAAGUUGUGGCAGAGGAUAUACAAAGACAUAUACAUGAACUCAAAAGCAUUGUGUAUGAAGUUAGAGGAAAAAUUACUGGCCAUACACUACUGCCAAUGCCAGCUGGAGUGGAGAGAGUUCACCAAGCCCUAGUUGAUAUUACUGAGAGCAAAGGCGAAAAAGUAGACCUGUACUUGAAAAGUGCAAUUGAAGGAGUGAUCAUCAAAUGGGCAACACAGAUAAAUGAAGCUGUAAAGGAAGAAUCUUCUGAUGCCUUUGAAAAUGGUCAGCACCCAACACCUGCAGCUGAAAUUUUGUUUUGGAAUAACCGUCUGAAGAACAUGGAAAAUUUGUACCAUCAGAUGCGUGACCCUCGAGUUGUGGAUAUGGCUUCAAUACUAGAGCUGACUGAUAGUGCAUAUUUCCCAUGCUUCAAGUCAAUGUUCCGUAAUGUAGUAGCAGCUGUUGCAGAAGCACGUGACAUAGUCAUAUACUUGAAGCCACUGCAAAAAUAUUUUGAUCAGUUAGAAAAUACCAUCUUUUGUGAAUGUCAACCUAUUUUGUGGCCACUUAUGCAUACAGUGUGCCUCGUGUGGGCAAACAGCCGAUAUUACUGCAACAAUUCAAAAAUUACUGUACUUAUAAAGGAAAUAUGUAAUCUGCUUAUUCAAGAGGCAAUUAAAUACCUAGAUCAAUCUACCAUUUUCCAAGCAGAAGUUGAAGAGUCAUAUGACAAGAUUCUGAAGUGUAUCGAUACACUUGAACUUUUUCAUGAUAUCUUUGAUGAAUGUCGCACAUCUCUAGCAUCAUACUUUAAGGGAAAUAAUGAACCAGUUCCUUGGACUUUUGACACAAAAUUGGUAUUUGAAUAUGAAAAUCAGUUUAUGGACAGAUUGAAGCUAAUUAAGGAGUUCUUUGUGACAGCACUUGAAUUUUUUAAACUGGAGAAAGUUGAAAUUGGAGGAGGGAAGGGGCGAGUACUUGGCCCAAAAGUACAAAAAAUUUACUCUGAUUUUUGUGACUUAUAUGGUCAGUUUGGAAGCAUUACAUACAAUCCAUUUGACCCCACUGAUGAAAGUUUUGUGAAAGAUUAUUCAGUCUUCAGAGAGAAAAUUGAGGACUUUGAUCGCAAACUUGCUACUCUUUUGUGUCAAGCCAUUGAUGAUUGCUACAAUCUUGAGAGCAUUUACAAGUUUAUCAACAUAGCUGGGACCCUUCUUGAACGUGAUAUUGUUAAGACGGCAAUUGAGCCAAAGUACUCUGUCAUUCUCACAAUGUUAGGAGAAGAGAUGGCCACUGUUCAGGAACUUUUUGAAGAACAUCAGAUGCUGUACUCACAGAGGAAGUAUGUGCCCGCUGAUAUGAAUUUCCCUCCAGUGGCUGGAGCCAUUAUGACAAUCCACAAAUUACGAGAGAGAGUUCGACCACAUAUUGAGAACUUGAAAUCAUUUGAUAAUCCAUGGAAUACAACAGAUGAGCAACCAGCAUUGUCUGAAUUCAAAGUAGAAAAUGAGUGUGUGGUAGAAGUAGAUAGUUGCAGUUGUCUUUUGAUAUUUUCAGUUUUUUUUUCAGAUGAUAAGGACAAAGGCUUACAUUUGACAAAUUUUCAGUGUACAAGGAAAGGGGAUAUACAACAACAUACUGCUUCUCCUCAAAAUGCGCCGAACAACAGACUUUUAGAAAAAUAUAAAACAAAUAGUUUUUGUGUUGAUCAGAACCAAGAAGUAAAAUACUUCUCUGAUAAUUGUUUAAAAAAUUCUAGAAAGUCUGCCAUUUAUAACAAACUCAUUGGAAUAGCCAUUUACCGCAAGCUCUACAUAAAUACUCCUGCUUGGUUCUUUCACUCUAUAGCAAAAUUUCACAGUUCUGAUGCAAUCGUACACCAAACCUCAACUCACCCGCAUCCACAAAACCAAGCAGCACUCCAGCACAUUUUUACAAAUAUUGGAUACCUAGAUAAUGAUACUAAAAAACUGAACAAUAAAUUUACAACAAAUAGAAACAUUUGUAGUUCUGUGUCACAACAUGACUGUCCAGCUAAUGACCGGUGCAGUUCCCAUGGCACGGGUUACUGUGGCAGACUUGAGGCAACCAGUCAGCAACAAGACUGCCCUGUCACAUGCAAGUGCUGGGUAUCUGGCCAGGCUAGGCACGGAUUCACUGAGCCAGCACAAUCAGCCAACAAAUGCAUGUGUUGCCAAGUUGAUGAGUUGAGCCAGACGUGGCAAUUGCUGGCUACACCUUGUCCCUGUGUCAUGCCAUAUGAUCCUUUGAUUCAGUACCCACCACUCAGUGCCUAUAGGCACGGGUCCUCUAUGAUGAACUUCUGCAAAGUAAAUAAAGGUCUCAGGGGUGUUCGAGUUGCAAGAGCCCCAUCCUGUCACCUGUCUCCACCAGAGAGCCUCAAUGCCCAUACACAUGAACAUGUAACAAGGAUCAGAGUUUGGAAAGGAAAAGAAACUGACAAUUUCAAUGAAAAUAUGUGUCAAAAUUUCAUACAUGAAGUGGAAAUACAUCUUUCAACCUGUGACCACUUGGAAGGAAGCACUGGCAUCAAGGCAAGAAAAUUAUUUGGAUAUUUACUUGCCACUCAGUAUUGCCAUGAGGUUCGCCUACUAAUGUGUCUCACUACAGAAGUUUGUAACUUUUCAUCACUGUUGUUUCAUGUACACACAAAUCAGCUUUUGCUGUUUUUCAGUUCACUUGUAUUGUUUUCACACUUGUCAGUGGAAUUUAUCAGCAGAAUUCCCUUCUUCAGUUUAGAGGAAAGGUGUGCUGUGCACUGCAUCUUCAUGUUAUUUGCAAAAAAGCAAAAACAUAAUCUGGAAAAAAACUGUACAGUACUGAGGAAGUCUGAAGAAGCAGAAAACCUCAUAAGAAGAUGUGAUAAUUUAUUUGAAUCUCUUGAUUCAUUUGAAGAUUAUAUUUUCACUAAUUGGAUGACCACCGUUCCUAACAUCUGUGCAGAAAAUCUAAAUAAAACCAUAUUAACAAGAAAGAAGGGUUUUACUCUGAACUUAAACUUCAGUGAAGAACUUGUAAUACUUCUCCGAGAAGUGAGAUACUUAAAGAUGCUGGGGAAAGGUGGGAUCCCUGAGGAGGCCAUCAACCUGCAUCAGAGAGAUGAAACAUUUAGACAGUGGAUAUUCAGCCUGAAUGCUUGCAUUAACUCGUACAACCAGAUUAGGCAAUGCAGCCAUCCAGUUGAAUUUGAUUUGGUUGUUGAUGAUAUUGAAUGUAUUGACUUAUUAAUUUCUGAGGCACAUGAAUCACUAAACUGGAAUUCUGCAGUUUACCGGCACACUACAAUCUGUUGUCUGACAUCACCAACACACACCUGGGUGACCACAUCACUGGAUUUGGAGCCACACCAUCAUCCAGUCCACCAAGAUAAUAGAAGCUGCAUCACCAUACUACGAAGGUCACAGCUGUUAGCCCCAGAUCACUUAGCAGUUGCAAAUGCAGAAUAUGACAUGUCAGAUAUUAUCUGUUGCCAUUACUCUGGGUGGUGCUUGACAUUGCCCAGAAUGUCAAGGGUGCAAUCUUCCCUCUUGACAACAUUAUGCAACCUGGUCUACGGUGGUUUCAGAGCCAGUCUGACACCAUCAAAACAUAACAUCAUACGUGUACACUCACUGAAGUCUUUGUGGACAAAUGUGACAACAGUUCCAUGUCUGGACAGCUGUGGAGGUCAGAUUUUCUUGAUACUUGAGCCAAACAUACAAAUUCUCACUGGCAGUUGCAGCACCUCACCAUACACCAGUUCUGCAGAUGAAUCAUUCAGAUCAGGCUUGUAUGUAUUCCACAGGUUAAGGAGAACCAUCAGCAGAAGUUCUGUCCACCCGGCAAUGUGGCACACCAGAGCUGCUUUUAGUGUUUCGCAUGGACAGCCGCGUUGGGAUCCAUCCACUAUGAUUCUGAACAAUGAUAAUCAUGUAAAAUUUACACAACAGAACUGCAGUAUUCUUAGUCAAAUUUCAGACUGGAUUGAUCACUAUUUAAUCCAAUUAUUAUCAUGGUAUAUUUAUGAAUAUAUUUUCAAUGAAGAUAUUUAUUUUCAUUUUUUUGCAUUUUACCUGGCAUUGACAUCUUGCCACAAACAGAAGAAGUGCUCUAACUGCUCACAGAAGAGCCAGUGGACAUAUAGAAAAGAUGGGAAGAAUUUAAAACCACUGAAUAUGUCUAAACAGUCAGGCAAGAUACAUUUGGUCAUUUCAGUUGCAAAAGUUUGGGAUUUUGUUGAUAAAUUCAAAAGCAUGGUAAAACAACUUCAUGAGAGAGUUACUAAUGCACAAUCAAAUAUUAAAAAAAUCAGAGAUCUUAUGGGUGCUUGGUCUACAACUCCAUUAUAUGAACGGAAGGAGCGAAAGAAAUUUGCUCUGCUUAAUAUUGAAGACCGUUUGGAAAAUGUGCAAAAGAGGUACAACAUCAUCAAGGAAACUGGUGUCCUGAUACAUAAUUUUAUGGAAACUAAUUACAAUCUGUAUUUUGAAUCUAACCAUCUGAACGAACAAAGUGAAAUAGCACAUUUUAAUAGCAAGUCUCCUAGCAUAGGAGAAGAAAACAAAAAUUCCAUUAAUCAAGAGAACACCAUCAAUAACCAUGAACAAUUAGAUAUUACACUGGGAGAAGAAGCAAAUGAACAACAUUCCGCAGAAGAGGAGAGUGGCUUUGCUGUGACUGAUCCAGAUGUUAAUGGUACCUGUUCUGAUGAAAGAGGAGGUGCAGGUGAAAGAACUUGCUAUGCUCUGGAAGGGAAUGCAUUCCUGGCACAAGUGGUGGCUGGAGAUGAAUCCUGGUCACCAAAAAUAGCCAAGGCCAUCCACACGAAUAGUAGUAUCUGUGUCAUUCUGGAUGACAAGCUAACGUCAGAACUAGAUAUUUCAGUUAAGAAUUAUGUGUCUGAAGCUGCUUCCAAAUGUGACUCCAUAGGUAAUAGGUACACAUGCAACACAUGCAUUACUCAGGUUCUGUUGGUGAUAGAAAGAUUAUGUUCUGACUUGCAUAAAUUUCUCUUGUUACACCAGUGUCCAUCCACUUCCCAUACUUCUGUAUUAGAAAGACCUGUAGUUCUGCUACAUAUGUACAAUUCUAUGUGGUGUUGUCAGAACAUUGCAAAAGAAAAGUUGCGCAAGAUACCUGAAAGUAAACGUAUAACAAAGAAGGAGUUAAAUACUAUUUUGGAGUUUAAAGAUAUCUGGCAGACCCAGUCUUGGAAAGGACAUUCUAACAGAAUUCUAAGACAGCCUAGGUGUUGUUUAGGAAUGCAAGAUCUCCAUCAAGUGUUUGGGUUGAAACGUAACACCAAGAAACAAGCAAUAAAAACAAUUUGGAGAAAAGCAAAUAGAUUGGUGGAGCUUAGUGAAAGAUAUUUUUCUGUUAAGGUUGUGUGCAAAAUGGAUGUAGACGUGGAAAGUACUGUUGAUAGCAUGGGCAUUAUUACUAUCCACAAAAUUGUUACCUUGAAUCCUGCUGAUUUUUCACCCCACUGUUUACACUGCAAGCACACAGUGUCAGCAGUGCUUGAGUUGUGCAGAAUUCUUGCAAUGGAAGCCAGCUCCCCAGUGGAGGGACACGUUGUGUUUUAUCAACUGUACCAUUUCAGUCCCACUGAAUGUUUAAGAAAAGGGAAGUGCUCAGUGGAAAAAGCAAGGCAGCGCUCCAAGUCUGAAUCUCUGUCAAUGCACAGCGAAUACUCAACACAUGUAAAAAAUAGUUGCAACACCAAACUACUUCCAAUGCAGAGUGUCAUAAUAAAGAAAUUAUUUGACUGGAUUUGGACUGUAAGUGAAAUUGAACAUGUCAUUUCUCAUUUGCAGUUGAAGCUGAAUGAUAAAAAAUGUAGUGAGAAAUGGCUGGCCUACGUAAGAUAUGUUGAUGAAAUCGUAACUGAAGGACUUCUAAAUGCUAUUGGAGGCAGUUUGCAGUUCCUCAUGGAUGAAAUGGAUGAGAAACGUAAAAGGCCACCUUUGUUUGAAGUAUCACUAGAGUUACAGGAACCAGACCUUGUAUUUGUUCCUUCACUGAAUGUAAAUGACCCUAAAAGUUUCUAUUCUCUUAUCCAGAGCAUUAUAAAUGACAUUACAUACAUGGCUACUAUUAUUCCUCGUGUAGCUCCAAACCCUGGACAAAUUGAUUAUAAGGAAGAAAUGGAGUCAAAUGCAGACUUAAUUGAAAUGAAAGAAGAAACACUGACACGUGUUCAGCAAGUAAUAGAUCAAGCUAUAUCUUAUUGCGAAAAUUUUGAAGAACAUUCAUAUCUGUGGUUGGAUGACCGUGAAGCAUUUCUUGAACAGUUUUUGGAAUAUGGUCCCCAGCUGACAUGUGAAGAAGUUGACACUACAAACACUGGUAUGGAAGAGCAACAAGUAGUUGACACGAAACCUACUCUGCAGCACUUCAAAGAGCAGAUCGAUCAUUAUGAAAAUCUAUAUAUGGAGAUAGAAGGGAUGGAUACAGAAAAAAUAUUUUCUAGUUGGUUUCGUGUAAACUUGCGUCCAUUUAAACAAGCUUUACUUAACACAGUAUGCAAAUGGAGCAAUAUGCUAAAGCAGUAUUUAGCAGUACACGUCAAAAACAGCCUUCAAGAGCUAAAUGACUUUAUUGAUGAAGCAGAUAAUGGUCUCCUGCAGCCAGUUUUGGAAGGGGACUAUGAUGGCCUUCUGAAAGUAAUGGGGUACCUGUUUCAUGUAAAGGAAAGGACACCAAAAACAGAUGAAAUGUUUGAGCCUAUUAAGGAAAUGAUUGAUCUGCUAAAGACAUAUGAUGUUGAAUUUUCAGAAGAAGUGUACUUACAGCUACAGGAACUGCCUGAACGAUGGAAUGCUACAAAGAAGACUGCUGUAACUGUGAAACAACAAGUUACUCCACUUAUGGCUGCUGAGGUUACGCUUAUCAGGAAGCGAAUAAACUUAUUUGACCUGAGACAAAACCAGUAUCGAGAAUAUUUUCGAAAACUGGAUCUAUUCAAGUAUGGCUGUGAUGAUGCAUACACUUUAAUGGAUGUUACACAUACCAUAAUUACAGAAAUGGAAGAGCAAAUGACAGUGCUCCAGGAACAGGCAUCAUUAUUUGAAGUGACAGUCCCUGAAUACAAGCAACUUAGGACAUGUUGCAAAGAAAUAAAAAUGUUAAAGACUUUAUGGGACUAUAUAUACAUUGUGAGAUCAUACAUAGAUGACUGGAAGACUACACCAUGGAAGAAAAUUGAUGUAGAAAACAUGGAUCAGGAAUGCAAAAAGUUUGGCAAAGAAAUCCGAGGUCUCGAUAAGGAAAUGCGAUCCUGGGAUGCCUAUGUAGGUCUUGAGGCUACUCUGAAGAAUUUGAUGACCUCUCUCAGGGCUGUGACAGAAUUACAGAAUCCCGCAAUAAGAGAGCGACACUGGGAACAGCUAAUGGCAGCCACAAAGUGCUCAGAGCGUCUUCCAGCAAAAUAUUCGGUUAAAUUUGUAAUGGAUGGUUCAACAACUUUAGCUGAUCUAUUGGCUCUUAACCUACAUGAGUUUGAAGAUGAAGUUAAGAAUAUUGUUGACAAAUCUGUUAAAGAAAUGUCAAUGGAGAAGGUACUUAGGGAACUUGAAAUUACUUGGGCAGCUAUGGAAUUUGAUCAUGAAGUUCACACUCGUACUAACUGCGUUAUUUUGCGAGCUAGUGAGGAGCUAAUAGAAACUCUUGAAGAAAACCAGGUUCAGUUACAAAAUCUCAUGAGCUCAAAGUACAUCGCAUAUUUUUUGGAAGAAGUUUCAGACUGGCAGAGGAAAUUGUCCAAUGCAGAUCAAGUAAUAUCGAUAUGGUUUGAAGUUCAGCGCACCUGGAUGCAUUUGGAAUCUAUAUUUAUUGGAUCUGAAGAUAUCCGUAACCAGUUACCAGAAGAUUCUAAAAGAUUUGAUAAAAUUGAUAAAGAAUUUAGAGAAAUGUUAGAAGUUAUGUCAAAGAUGCCAAAUGUUGUUCAAGCCACAAACUGUCCUCACUUGUUUGAAAGGCUGGAGGUUCUUCAGGAACAACUUACACUGUGUGAAAAAGCUUUGGCUGAAUAUCUGGAAACUAAGAGACUGGCAUUUCCACGCUUUUAUUUUGUUUCUUCUGCUGACCUGUUGGAUAUUUUAUCUAAUGGAAACCAACCUGAACUUGUAGCAAGGCAUCUCACAAAGCUGUAUGAUUCUCUUGCGAGACUCAAAUUCUGUCAGGAAGAUGGCAAAAAUACCAAGUAUGCAGAAGGAAUGUUUGCUAAGGAUGGAGAAUAUGUUGAGUUCAAUGGACAGUGUGACUGUUCAGGCAAGGUGGAGGUUUGGUUGAGCAGAUUAACUGACACAAUGCGUCAGACAUGUCGCUAUUACUUUGGUGAAGCUGUAUCAUCAUAUGAUGAAAAACCACGUGAACAGUGGCUUUUUGACUUUCCAGCUCAGGCAUCUCUCUGUGGUACUCAGAUUUGGUGGACAUCUGAAGUGAACAUGUCUUUCUCCAGACUUGAAGAGGGUUUUGAAAAUGCACUUAAAGAAUACCAAAAAAAGCAAAUAAUGCAGCUUAGUAUUCUGAUUUCACUCUUACUGGGAGAUUUAACAAAAGGAGACAGACAGAAGAUAAUGACAAUAUGUACCAUAGAUGUUCAUUCCCGUGAUGUUGUGGCUAAAAUGAUUCAGAUGAAAGUGGAGAGUGCAUCAGCAUUUCAGUGGCAGUCUCAGUUGAGACACAGAUGGGACGAUCAGUUAGCAGAUUGCUUCUGCAACAUAUGUGAUGCUCAAUUUCAGUAUGCUCAUGAGUAUCUUGGCAACACACCACGGCUUGUGAUAACCCCUUUAACAGACCGCUGCUAUAUUACAUUAACCCAGUCCUUGCAUUUGACAAUGGGAGGAGCCCCAGCAGGACCAGCUGGUACUGGGAAGACAGAGACCACAAAAGAUCUAGGGAGGGCCAUGGGUGUUAUGGUAUAUGUGUUCAACUGCUCUGAACAGAUGGAUUACAAGUCAUGUGGCAACAUCUACAAAGGCCUUGCACAAACUGGAGCUUGGGGAUGUUUUGAUGAAUUCAACCGAAUUUCAGUGGAAGUAUUAUCUGUAGUAGCAGUGCAGGUGAAAUCCGUACUAGAUGCCAUAAAAGGCACCAAAAAAACUUUUAGCUUCAUGGGCCAGGAAAUAGCACUUGUGCCAACAGUUGGCAUGUUUGUCACCAUGAAUCCUGGAUAUGCUGGCAGGACAGAGCUACCUGAGAACCUGAAGGCAUUGUUCAGACCGUGUGCCAUGGUGGUGCCUGAUUUUGAGUUAAUAUGUGAAAUAAUGUUGGUAGCUGAAGGAUUUCAAGAGGCUCGUAUCUUGGCUCGGAAAUUCAUUACUUUAUACACUCUUUGUAGAGAACUACUGUCUAAACAGGAUCAUUAUGACUGGGGUUUAAGGGCCAUCAAGUCUGUUCUUGUUGUGGCUGGCUCACUCAAGCGUGGAGAUCGAGGCAGACCUGAGGAUCAAGUAUUGAUGAGAGCUUUGAGGGACUUCAACAUUCCUAAAAUUGUAACAGAUGACAUACCAGUUUUCAUGGGACUUAUAGGUGACUUGUUUCCAGCUCUUGAUGUGCCAAGAAAGAGAGACUUAGAAUUUGAAAAAAUGGUAAAGCAAGCUGCACUUGACUUGAAACUACAGCCUGAAGACAAUUUUAUUUUAAAGAUUGUUCAACUUGAAGAAUUAUUAGAAGUACGACAUUCAGUAUUUAUUGUUGGGAAUGCCGGAACAGGAAAAACUAUGGUUUGGCGCUCAUUGUUCAAAACAUAUCAGAAUAUGAGAAGAAAACCUGUAUUCAAUGAUCUUAACCCUAAGGCAGUUACAAACGAUGAACUUUUUGGCAUAAUCAAUCCAGCAACAAGAGAGUGGAAGGAUGGCCUUCUUUCAGCCCUCAUGCGAGAUCAGGCCAAUUUAUCUGGUGAUGGACCAAAAUGGAUUGUUCUUGAUGGAGACAUUGACCCUAUGUGGAUUGAAUCUUUAAACACAGUAAUGGAUGACAAUAAAAUUUUGACACUUGCUAGUAAUGAGCGUAUUGCUCUAACACCUGUGAUGCGCCUGCUUUUUGAAAUAUCCAGUUUACGAACUGCCACACCUGCCACAGUAUCUCGAGCAGGAAUAUUGUAUCUAAAUCCUCAGGAUCUUGGAUGGAACCCGUAUGUCACCAGUUGGGUGGAGACUAGAGAACACCAAGCUGAGAGAUCAAAUCUCAUUGUCUUAUUUGACAAGUACAUUCCUUCAUGCCUUGAAGCUCUGAGAAUGCGAUUUAAGAAAGUAACACCCAUAGCUGAAAUUUCACAUACACAAAUGCUGUGCCACCUAUUAGACUGUCUCAUAAUACCUGCAAAUCUGCCAAAUGACUGUCCAAAGGAAUGGUAUGAGAUAUAUUUUGUCUUUGCUUGUGUCUGGGCUUUUGGUGCUGCAAUUUGCCAAGAUCAGUUGGUAGAUUACCGUGUGGAAUUUUCAAAAUGGUGGGCAAAUGAAUUUAAGACGGUGAAAUUUCCAUCACAAGGAACUGUUUUUAAUUAUUUUGUUGACCAUGAAACUAAGAAAUUUCUACCAUGGGAGGAAAAAGUUCAAAAAUUUGAACUUGAUUAUGAUAUACCACUCCAGUCAUUCUUGGUAUCCACAAAUGAAACUACUAGAAUACGUUAUUUUAUGGAUCUAUUGAUGCAAAAGAGGUUACCUCUUAUGCUUGUCGGAGUGUCUGGUUCAGGCAAAAGUGUUAUUGUAGCUGAUAAAUUAGGAAGUCUGUCAGAGAACUAUGUUAUUACCAAUGUACCUUUCAACUUUUAUACGACAUCCGAAAUGCUACAGAAAGUUCUGGAAAAACCACUGGAGAAGAAAGCAGGACGCAACUUUGGACCACCUGGAAAUAAGACAAUGAUUUAUUUCAUUGAUGACAUGAACAUGCCAGAAGUGGAUGCAUACGGCACUGUACAGCCUCAUACAUUAAUACGGCAAUAUUUUGAUUACUGCCAUUGGUAUGAUCGCAACAAAUUGACACUUAAGGAUAUUCACAACUGUCAGUACGUCUCAUGCAUGAACCCAACAUCAGGAAGUUUUACAAUCAAUCCUAGACUUCAGCGACAUUUCUGUGUCUUUGCUGUGAAUUUCCCAUCUGAUGAACCACUGUUUCACAUCUAUCACUCAAUCCUCAGUCAACACUUGGCAAAUCCAAUACUUAAAUUCAGCAACAAUGUCUGCAAGAUUUCAUCAGCACUAGUGAAAGCAGCACUGGCGUUACACCAAAAAAUGGCAGCAAUGUUUCUUCCUACGGCCUUAAAAUUUCAUUACAUCUUCAAUCUUCGAGACUUAUCAAAUAUUUUUCAGGCAAUGCUCUUCACUGUUGCUGAUUGUUUGCCGAAUCAAAAUGAACUGAUACGGCUGUGGAUGCAUGAAGCAACUCGUGUGUAUGGAGAUAAACUUGUGGACAAUAGUGAUAUUGAAAGCUUUAACAAAAUACUACAUGACAUCGUUAAGAAAUCAUUUGAAGAACUAGAUGAAAGUGUAUUUCAUAAACCACUUAUAUUUUGUCAUUUUGCAGAUGGUAUCGGAGAAAGCAAAUACAUGCCUGUGAAAGACUGGAAUGUACUGAGAAGAUUACUUGAAGAUGCUUUGGCACAGUAUAAUGAUCUUGUAGCUGCCAUGAACUUGGUUAUGUUUGAGGAUGCAAUGCAUCAUGUGUGUCGUAUAAAUCGCAUAUUGGAAUCUCCAAGAGGAAAUGCCCUUCUUGUUGGAGUAGGUGGAAGUGGAAAACAGUCAUUAUCUCGUCUUUCAGCAUUUAUUUCAUCUCUUGAAGUAUUCCAGAUCCAGUUACGAAAAGGAUAUGCAAUUAAUGACAUGAAAUCAGAUUUGGGAAAUCUGUAUUACAAAGCUGGCUUGAAAAGUGUGGGGAUAAUGUUUCUGAUGACUGAUUCACAAGUGGCUGAAGAGAAGUUCUUAGUUCUUGUGAAUGACAUGCUAGCAUCUGGAGAGAUUCCAGAAUUGUUUUCUGAUGAUGAAGUAGAAAAUAUUGUUUCUGGAUUAAGAAAUGAAGUUAAAGCAUCAGGUUCUAUUGAUAACAAAGAAAACUGUUGGAAGUUUUUUAUCGAUCGUGUUCGCCGACAACUAAAGGUGGUAUUGUGUUUCUCUCCAGUUGGAUCUACAUUACGUGUAAGGGCUCGUAAGUUCCCAGCAAUUGUGAACUGCACAUCUGUUAAUUGGUUUCAUGAAUGGCCACAGAAGGCAUUAGAAUCCGUAUCAGAACGUUUUCUGUCAGAAAUUUCUGUGCUACCUUCAAAGCUACACAAGUCUGUGUCUCUUUUCAUGGCUUAUGUGCACACAGUUGUGAAUGAAAUGUCACUCACUUAUUUACAAAAUGAACGUCGCUAUAAUUACACUACACCUAAAUCAUUUUUAGAACAGAUCAGUUUGUAUUCAAAACUUCUGCACGAAAAAACUGCUGAGCUACAAGCUCGUAUUUAUCGUUUAACAAAUGGUCUAGAAAAAUUAGCUUGCACUGCUCAACAAGUGGAUGGUCUGAAAGAAGUCCUGGCAAAUCAGCAGGUGACUCUUAAAGAAAAGAAUGACGCUGCUGACAAAUUAAUACAAGUUAUUGGGGUUGAAACAGAGAAGGUGUCUAAGGAAAAGGCAAUUGCUGCUGAGGAAGAAAGAAAGGUAAGAAUAAUUGAAGAAGAUGUGAGCCAAAAGCAAAAAAUGUGUGAGGAAGAUUUGAUGAAGGCUGAACCUGCACUUGUUGCUGCUCAAGAAGCAUUGAAUACAUUGAAUAAAAGUAACCUCACAGAACUUAAAUCAUUUGGAGCACCACCACCAGCAGUGGUCAAUGUUACUGCUGCUGUCAUGGUUCUGUUUGCACCAAAAGGUAGAAUCCCUAAAGAUAGAAGCUGGAAAGCAUGUAAAGUUAUGAUGGCAAAGGUUGAUUCUUUUCUAGACAGUUUAAUACAUUAUGACAAGGAAAACAUCCACCCUGAGGUAAUUAAAGCUUUGCAACCAUACCUUCAAGACCCAGAAUUUGUACCUGAAAACAUACAGGGCAAGUCACUUGCCGCUGCAGGUCUCUGUGCUUGGGUUAUAAACAUCAUGAAAUUCUAUGAAGUUUAUGUUGUUGUUGAGCCAAAGAGACGUGCACUGAACCAAGCCAAUGCAGAGCUAGCUGCAGCUAGGGAACGAUUAAAUUCCCUGAAAGACCAAUUGAAUUCCCUUGAAGCCAAGUUGGCAACAUUAACACAUGAAUUUGAAGAAGCUGUUGCUGAAAAAGUAAAAUGUCAGCAGGAAGCUGAUUCUACUUCACUCACUAUUGACUUAGCAAAUCGUCUUGUUAAUGGCCUAGGAUCAGAGAACAUUCGCUGGAGAGAAAGUGUGGCUACUCUUAAACAAGCUGGAAACAUGCUGCCUGGUGACGUUCUUUUGGUAACAGCAUUUAUUUCUUAUGUCGGUUGCUUCACUCGGAAAUACAGAAUUGACCUACAAGAAAAAUAUUGGCUUCCUUACCUGAAAAAGCUAGAUCCACAAAUUCCACUUACACUGGAUGUGGAUCCCUUGACUCUACUAACUGAUGAUGCUCAGAUUGCCAAGUGGAACAAUGAAGGCCUACCAAGUGAUCGAAUGUCUGCAGAAAAUGCAACAAUCUUGACCAAUUCAACUCGUUGGCCACUUAUGAUAGAUCCGCAGCUCCAAGGAAUUAAGUGGAUCAAAAAUAAAUAUGGAGAAAGCCUAAAAAUUGUUCGCUUAGGGCAGAAAAUGUAUCUUGAAGUGAUUGAAGGGGCUCUGUCAAAUGGGGACACUGUAUUGAUUGAAAAUAUUGGUGAAUCAAUUGAUGCUGUUCUGGAUCCGUUAUUGAGUCGAAAUCUGAUAAAGAAAGGAAAAGCUAUAAAAAUUGGUGACAGGGAAGUUGAUUAUAAUCCAAACUUUCGACUAAUUUUGCACACCAAGUUGGCAAAUCCUCAUUAUAAACCUGAAAUGCAAGCACAAACAACUCUGAUUAAUUUUACUGUUACAAGAGAUGGAUUAGAAGAACAGCUAUUAGCGGAGGUUGUAAAAGCUGAACGCCCAGAUCUAGAGAAACUGAAGGCUGAUCUCACUAAGCAACAGAAUGAUUUCAAAAUUACACUUAAAAUGCUUGAAGAUGACCUUCUGCAUAGGUUAGCUUCUGCAGGAGAAAAUAUUUUGAAGGACACAGCCCUAGUGAUAAACCUGGAGACCACAAAGAAGACUGCAGCAGAAAUUGAGAUAAAAGUUUCUGAAGCUAAGGUAACUUCUGUUCAGAUUGACGAAGCCAGAGAACAGUACCGCUCAGCGGCUACAAGAGCAUCACUGCUGUACUUUAUUUUGAAUGACCUGCACAAAAUAAAUCCAAUAUACCAGUUUUCACUGAAGGCUUUCAGUGUUGUCUUUUAUAAUGCAAUGAUGUGUGCACGUAAAGAUGAUAACAUUCAGAAAAGGGUAUUCAAUCUCAUUGACAGCAUAACAUUUGGUGUUUAUAUGUAUACAAGUCGGGGACUUUUUGAAUGUGACAAAUUAAUUUUUAUGGCUCAGAUGGCUAUUCAGAUUCUUUUAAUGGAUAAUGAGAUAGACCCAGCAGAACUUGACUUUUUGUUACGAUAUCCAGCAAACCCUAAUGUUACCAGUCCUGUUGAUUUUCUUACUAAUCUGAGCUGGGGUGGGAUCAAGACACUUUCUGCAAUGGACGAAUUCAGAAACCUCGACCGUGACAUAGAAGCUUCAGUGAAGCGAUGGAAGAAAUUUGUGGAAUCAGAAACACCUGAGAGAGAGAAGUUUCCUCAGGAGUGGAAGAACAAGUCAGCAUUGCAACGGUUAUGUAUGUUGAGAGCUUUGAGGCCUGACAGAAUGACAUAUGCUAUGAGAGUAUUUAUUGAGGAAAAAUUAGGCAGCAAGUACAUUGAAUCAUGGACUAUUGAAUUUUCAAAAUCAUAUGAAGAAAUGAGUUCAAGCACACCAGUGUUCUUUAUAUUGUCACCAGGCGUUGAUCCACUAAAAGAUGUAGAAAAAGUUGGAAGGAAACUUGGCUUUACAUUUGAUAAACACAAUUUUCACAAUGUCUCUUUGGGUCAAGGCCAGGAAGUUGUUGCUGAGGAAGCAAUGGACAUUGCUGCUAGGGAAGGGCAUUGGGUUAUACUACAGAAUAUUCAUCUCGUCAAGAACUGGUUGCCAUAUUUGGAGAAAAAAAUGGAACAUUGUGCUGAAAUAGCACAUCCCAACUUUCGUCUUUUCAUGAGUGCAGAGCCAUCACCUGAUCCAGCUUUCCACAUUAUCCCUCAAGGAAUUCUGGAGUCUUCAAUAAAAAUUACUAAUGAGCCACCUACAGGAAUGCUUGCAAAUCUUCAUAAAGCCCUUGAUAAUUUUUCACAGGAGACACUUGAGAUGAGCACCAAAGAAGCAGAGUUUAAAGCUAUAUUAUUUUCUCUCUGUUACUUCCACGCAGUAAUAGCAGAACGUCGAAAAUUUGGGCCACAAGGCUGGAACAGAAUUUAUCCUUUCAAUGUUGGUGAUUUGACAAUAAGUGUGAAUGUCCUGUAUAACUAUCUUGAGAAUAGUGCAAAAGUACCAUGGGAAGAUCUUCGUUAUCUGUUUGGAGAAAUAAUGUAUGGGGGUCAUAUUACUGAUGACUGGGAUCGUCACUUGUGUCGAACAUACCUUUCAGAGUACCUACGACCAGAGCUCCUUGAUGGUGACCUCUCUUUGGCACCUGGUUUCCUAGCACCUCCAAAUACAGAUUUACAAGGUUAUCAUAAUUACAUUGAUGCUUACCUGCCAGCAGAGACGCCAUAUUUAUAUGGGCUGCAUCCAAAUGCAGAAAUAGGUUUUCUGACUACCACAUCAGAGACCUUGUUUCGUACAGUUUUAGAAAUGCAACCUCGUGAGGCUGGAGCAUGCGGUACAAGCACUCUUACACGAGAAGAAAAGGUUAAGCAGGUUCUCGAUGAUAUAUUAGACAAACUACCUGAAGGCUUUAACAUAGCUGAAAUUAUGGCUAAAGUAGAAGAGAGAACACCCUAUAUAAUAGUUGCAUUCCAAGAAUGUGAAAGAAUGAAUAUUCUGUCGUCAGAAAUGAAGCAAUCUCUGAGGGAACUGGAUCUUGGACUUAAGGGUGAACUGACUAUAACAACAGAUAUGGAGGAAUUGGAAGCAUCUCUUUUUAUGGAUCAGGUCCCAGCAAGGUGGACAAAACUUGCUUAUCCAUCCAUGAUGACAUUAGGUCCUUGGUUUGCCGAUUUUAUGCUAAGGCUACGUGAACUAGAAGGGUGGUCAACUGAUUUCCAGUUGCCAUCAUCUGUUUGGCUUGCUGGUUUCUUUAACCCACAAUCAUUCUUAACUGCAAUUAUGCAGUCUACUGCAAGAAAAAAUGAAUGGCCUUUGGACAGAAUGUGCCUUCACUGUGAAGUAACAAAAAAGCAAAAGGAGGAAUUUACAACUCCACCUAGAGAAGGUGCGUACAUUCACAGUCUUUUCAUGGAGGGAGCAAGAUGGGAUCCGCAGACUGGAGCCAUUGUAGAAGCUCGUUUGAAAGAACUAUUUCCUACUAUGCCUGUUAUUUUCAUUAAGGCUAUAACACAAGAUAAGCAAGAUCUCCGCAACAUGUAUGAGUGCCCAGUCUACAAAACACGUGUACGGAAUCAAACAUAUGUUUGGACAUUUAAUUUGCGAACACGUGAGAAACCAGCAAAAUGGACUUUGGCAGGAGUUGCUAUUUUAUUACAAAUAUAA